UUCGCUCGAUGUUUUCUAAAUUUCCCCAUUAGAUGGGUUAAAUUUAAGGAGGAGUGUUAUAAAUGAGUCGUUUUUAAUCGAUAUAUUCGAUGUCGAUAUAAGUUUUAGAUAGGUAGUUUAGAAAUACAGUAGGUAGGCAGUAUAACGUUAUCGAUUGGUUUCGUUUUAGUUUCGGAUUACUAGCUUUAACGUUUUUGCUUUAAAACUUGCUGUAAUUAAUUUUUAAGAGCUUUUGUAAAGUUCCAAAUAUCAAAUGACUUUUCAAUAUUGUUUUGCACGUUGAAAUAAACGUAUGGUUUUUAAUGUGUUAUUUUUUCCACGAAUUGCACGUUGUGCACGUUUCAAAUAAAUGGAGUAUUUUAUUAUGAUACGCGAUUUUAAACCUAAAUUUGAUCUUUCGACGACAAAAAUUUCACUCAUCUAUGAAAGAUCUAGGAUCAAUGAUCAGACUUAUCAAAAAUCAUAUUUUUUUUCAAAAAAUAAUUAUUCGAUUCGAUCUGAUUCUGAUUUUAAACUUUUGAUUUUCAGAUCAAUUUGAUUAAUAAUACUGAAGCUGUGAAGCUUUCUACUCUGCCAUAAUAUCGCAUUCAAUACAUUCGAGCUUAUUUAUUCAUCAGCAGCAGUAUUGAUAGACUGACUUUAUGCCGGUAAUGAAUUGACCUUAGUCCUUUAACUCAUGAAAAAAUCAUAUCUGUAUGUGAACGUUUGAAAAUUAUUAAAAACUGGAUUCAAUCUCCAAGUAUUUGUGUAUUCUUAGAUUGAUGAUAACGGUGAUCGUAUUUCAGUAGUUUCGUCAUUAAAGCACUACUUAUUUCAUCUAGAAGUCGUAGUUGUUCGUCGUGCCCCAAUUUUUUUGCCUCGGUAGUUACCCAAAAUCAGUAAAAUCGUGUAUGAUUCAGUUUUUACUAUCGUACGAUAAGUCAUUGAAGUUACCAUGAAAAACUAUACGUCGAGAAACCGAGAUAUUUAGUGUCUUAUUUGACUCUGAACCGAAGAGAAUUCAAAUUGGAAUCCCUUCACGUUGGGUUAUUCAAGGUCAUCCAACGAACAAAUCUUCGAGAAAGGAAAACAAAGCAAAAAACGAAACGAUUUCAUCGAUUCAGUCGUUACUGUAUUUUUUCUGCUGCUAAACUCUUCAACGUUCAACCGUGAAAAUGUUCUCCAUCUGCAAAGGUCACACUCGUCUGUCGAAGCAGUUAUAUAAUUUCCACGAAAGUACCACCCUAAAGAUAUUUUCCAAUCUUCGAGAUCGUAAUUACUCCUCAGAAGAAUCAUAUAACGUGCUAGAAACAGUAACAACUGUGCUGUCUAGCUCUCAAGAUCACGUCGAUUCUCCAAAGUUAAAUCAUUACGCGAAACAGGCAUUCCUUAGCUCGUCAAAUAACGCUAAUUUUUCCAACAAAUUACGUUACGUGCACACGAAAAGUAACGAACAGAGAAUCACGUACUUGAAAAGACACGCUGAUUUCUCCAAGCAGUUAAAUUCUACGAUGAAAAACGGAAACUCGAACGAGCAAAUUGGUAAUUUGGUAGAAGAAUGGCUCUUACGAUUCGAUUCGUUGGGAGGAAACGAAACUAACGCGAUUUCCGGCGCGUUCAUUAGUUUAUCGAGAUGCAAUAUUUUCAGCACCAAAUGGAGCUCCGAAUACCGAGAAAAUUUCAAAAAUUUGAUCGUUAAAUUGGCUGAGAAAGGAGACCAGUUAUUAAAUCCAAAUAGUCGAGCUUUUUCUAAAUUCAGCUCUUGGCAGGUUGUUAGUUGUUUGAACGCGUUAUAUAAAUGGGAUGUGUUGAACAGCGAUAUAUGGAAAGGCAAUGUUCAAAUUAGUAACCGGAAAAUAGCCCAAGUUUAUUUGUUCAAAUCUGUAAUUAACGGUUUGAUUUGUCGAGCAACUUGGAUACUGGAGAAUGAAACAGCUGAUCAAUUCGAUUCUAAAGCUAUCACUAAUUGUUUAACUGCUCUAUCAAAAUGGAACAUUAACGAGUACGAAAAAUCUAAGAAAUUCAUCAGCUAUUUAGUACAACGAGGCAUCAAAGUUAUCGAUCAGUUCGAUUCUUUAGCUGUUUCAAACAGUCUGACUGCGUUGUCCUGUUGGAAUAUAAGCGAUUUCGAAGGUGCCGGAGAAUUCAUCGUAUUGUUGUUCGAACGAGGAAAUUCGACCAGUGAUAAAUACACUCCUCUGAGUAUUGUCAAAACCUUGAACGCCAUGUCCAAAUGGAACGUGGACGAAUUUCGAGGAACCAAGGGGUUCAUAAUUUACUUAAUGAAUGAAGGAACUUUAUUGGCGAAUAAAUUCAAUUCCAUCGAGAUCGCGCUAAGUAUGAACGCUUUGUCCAAAUGGAACGUCGAAGAGAUGCAAGAAGCUAGAGGUUUUAUCGUUUCGUUAAUCAAAAAUGGAAACUCUAUCAUCAACACGUUCAAUUGCCAAAGUAUCGUCAACUGUUUAAACGCGCUUUGCAAAUGGAAUAUAGAUGAAUUACCCGGUUCCAAAGAGUUCAUCGUUCGGUUAAUAAAACGAGGAAGCUCGACAACCAUUGGUUUCAAUACUCAAGAAAUCGCCAAUAGUUUGAACGCCGUGUCUAAAUGGAAUAUCCACGAGUUAGAUGGCAGUAAACCGUUCAUCGUAGAAUUGAUCAGAUGUGGAAUCCUAACAGUUGAUACAUUCGACUCGCUGACUGUUUCUAGCUCGUUAAACGCGCUUUCCAAAUGGGACAUAGACGAACUAGAAAGAUCCAGGGAAUUUAUUGCUCGAUUAAUUAAACGCGGUCGUUCGAUAAUCGAUAGUUUCACUCCGCGGCGUAUCGCCAACAGCUUGAACGCUCUCAGUAAAUGGAACAUCGACGAAUUCGAAGGAGCUAAAGAGUUCGUCAUCCAGUUACUAAAGCGAGGAAAUUCGUUAGUUGGCGAAUUCAACGCUCAAGAAACUUCAAAUAUCUUGAACGCUUUGACCAAAUGGAAAAUCGACGAGCUCGAAGGAACUAGAGAAUUCAUCGUUCGUAUAAUUCAACAUGAGAAUUCAACAACCACCAGAUUCGAUUACCAGGGAGUUAGUAAUUGCUUGAAUGCUCUUUCAAAGUGGAACGUCGAUGAUCUGCAAGGAGCUACGGAAUUUAUCGCAAAACUAGUCAAACAAGGGAAUUCAAUUUCUGGCGAAUUCAGUUCGCAAGCGAUCAUUAAUAGCUUGCAUGCCAUAUCCAAGACGUGGAAUAAUGUUGAAAUACGAACAGCUCGAGAUUUUAUCGUUAAUUCGGUCACUCGUGGAAUCGCUAUCGUCGAUGAAAUUAGUCCUCAAGGAAUUUCCAGCGGUUUGUACUCGGUUUCUAAAUUUAACAUUUUUGAUGUCAAGAAAUGGAACGAUAAUCAGUCGAAAAACUUCAAACGUUUCAUUAUCAAACUUGCGGAAAAAGGAACCGAAAUAUGCACAGAGUUUAAUUCUCGAAGCGUCGCUGAUAUAUUCGAUGCUUUUUCAGAACUGGAAAUUCUGAGCAAAGAAAAAUGGACUCCAGAUGAACGAAACUGUUUGAAGAAUUUCCUCGUUAGUCUUUCUAGUCUGGAUACUUCGUGUAAAAAUUACACUCUCGAGGAGAUUUACAGAAUAUAUAGAACGGUAUCUGAUUGGAAUAUUCUUCAGAAUAAUGAAUUCGACUCGAAACAAAUCACCAAGUUCGAAGAUUUUGCCAAUGAUUUGGAAAAACGACUUCUGACCUUCGGAUAUGAACAGAAUUCGGUGGAACCUGAGGUUAAUAUCAAAUUCGCAGUUCAAAUUAUCAAAGAUUUACCCGAGCUCGAGUCUAAAAAUCUUAUUCUGUCCGAAGAUCGGUUACUAGUUUCGUUGAUGGGUUGUUUAAGUAGUAAUGUGGAGAAAUGUGGAUCUUCUCGUUUGGAGAAUGAUUUCAUUCAAAGAUUUAUUUUGACUGGGUUGCGCGAGGUUCUAAAAAUUGCCGGUGAAUUGGAAGAUAGGCGUGGUUUGGAAGGAACAUUCGAUGAAAGUUUGUCUAAAAUAUACAAUAAGGUGGUUGGACUUGAUUUGAAUCAUAUUGAUGAAAUAGUAGAUGUAAUUUACGAAUUUGAUAAAUUACAAGUAAUUCGAGAUGGGCAAUUUUUGUCUAGGUGAAUGAUUGUUUUUUUUAAGCUGUGAUAAUUUUAAUUUGAAAAUUUCUUUAGUAUGUAGAACUAGAAUUGGAACAUGUUAUUUUUUGAUUUUACAGCAAUUAAUAUUUAAAAAUGAAAUAUCAAACGCGUGGACAAUUCGAACAGAAUAGAAAAAAUUGUUUUUAAUUACCUGUGUUUUAUUUUCGUAGUACACUCGAGUCUUGUAAGGAUGUAAAUUUCAAAACUUCCUAUUUUGUUAUUAAUCAAGUGUUCGUUUCAUUGUACAUAUGUGUUUUUUUUUUUUUUUGGUUCAUUUUUAUUUUCCGGAUGUAAUUUUUAUUUUUUAAUAAAUCUAUUGAAAUUGGAA